GAACUUACAGCAAGUAGAUAUACAUACAUACAAUAAUUACUUAUAUUUUCUUCAGACUUGUCAUAUCACUUUCAAUACUCUGUACAGCUCUUCUUUUUUUUAAAAAAAACCAAAUGCCCAUCAAUAAAUAAUAGUUACAUUAUCCCAGGCGGGAACUGACUGUUGGCUGGUUCCAACUUCCCAGAGAGUUGCACCAACCAACCAACUUCCACUCCUACCCCGCAGAGCCGCAUCUAGCCCGCCGCUCAUCCAUCCCAAGCUUCCCCUCAACCGCUUGUCCUUCAUUUGCUCGACAACCUACAGAUGGUAUUCUUAUAUUCGUCCUCUUAUAUCUCAAUGCUGCCCACCUAGAUCCUAUCAGCAGCGCGGACUGUCUCUCACGUCCUAUAAAGACCCUCUAUCCUAUUUAUUGGCCCUGACCACCCACCCUCUGGACCAACCCCAGCCAACCACCUCAUCAGAUACUCUACGGACCAGCUAAACCAACCAACCAUGGGCGGAAACAGCAAGGCUCCAUCCACUUCUUCCUAUCCUACUUUUGCCAAUCGUCCUGUUGGCCAGCAAAUUAGGAAUAUCUAUAGAGACCGUCUCCGUCAAUUCACUGAUGGAGGCCAGUACUCGGGACACAACCUAGUAGCGAAAUACUAUGAAGCCACAAACGACGAUGAGCAGCAUGUCAAGCUCUCCGUUUACUCGGUGCCAGACCUAGCCAGACCUAGCUUCAAGGAUGCCACCUCCAACCAAUUCAGGCCUACUAGAAGAGGAGAGUCCUUUGGCCCCAGCUGGUCAACUCAUUGGUUCAAGAUCCAACUCACGGUACCGGAGGAUAUGCGCAAAAAGGAGCGACUUGAGUUCCACUGGGAUGCAAACAAUGAGGGGAUGGUUUGGACGGAAGACGGGAAACCAUUGCAGGGCCUGACAGGUGGUGGUGAGAGAAUUGAAUGGAUUUUGCCCGACAGCUUCAGGGAUGGAAAAGAGCACAUCUUCUAUAUUGAAAUGGCCUGCAAUGGAAUGUUUGGCAAUGCCCCCGGCGGCGACUCCAUCCAACCUCCCAACCCAAACAAAUAUUAUCGACUUAAUGUGGCGAGGAUUACAGCUGUAAACUUACAAGCUAGGGCGCUCUACUAUGAUUUCUGGAUGAUUGGGGACGCCGCACGGGAAUUCCCUUCGGAUUCAUGGCACUCCCACGAGGCCCAGCAAGUUGCAAAUGCCAUAAUGGAUGCCUUUAUCGAAGGCAAUGGCAGCCAGGAAUCGAUUAUUAAGGGCCGCCAAAUUGCACAGCAAUACCUGGGCAACUUGGUGGAUUCUGACGCCGUCUAUAAAACUGAUAAACAGCCAAUUGUUUAUGGUAUUGGCCAUUGCCAUAUAGAUUCUUGUUGGUUGUGGCCCUGGGCGGAGACAAGACGUAAAGUGGCCAGGUCCUGGUCUACCCAGUGCGAUUUGAUGGAACGCUACCCCGAAUUGCGUUUUGUCUGUUCUCAGGCCCAGCAGUUCAAAUGGCUAGAGCAGGACUAUCCCUAUGCCUUUGACCGUGUCAAGUCAUGUGUGAAGAAGGGGAGCUUCAUCCCCAUUGGUGGAAGCUGGGUAGAGCAUGAUACCAACAUGCCAAGCGGAGAGUCCUUGGUCCGCCAGUUCGUCUAUGGCCAGCGAUAUUUUGAAAGCCAUUUUGGCGAACGCUGCACCACCUUUUGGCUGCCAGAUACCUUUGGAUACUCAUCCCAGAUUCCUCAACUAUGUCGGUUGGCUGGGAUGAGUCGCUUCUUCACUCAAAAACUUAGCUGGAACAACAUCAACAAUUUCCCCCAUACGACUUUCAACUGGGUUGCCUUGGAUGGCAGCCAAGUUCUUUGCCAUAUGACUCCAGCAGAGACGUACACGGCCAGUGCCCACUUUGGAGACGUCCGUCGAAGUGUCACCCAGCACAAAUCGAUGGAUCAAGAUAACACCUCUCUUCUUGUGUUUGGCAAGGGUGAUGGCGGCGGAGGACCGACUUUUGAACAUCUCGAGAAGCUGCGGAGACUCCGAGGUAUGAGUGAUAAGGGCGAACUGCUUCCCCGUGUUACAAUGGGUUCCACCGUUGAUGAUUUCUUUGCAAAACUUGAGGAAAAGGCUGCCAAUGGAACGGAGUUUGUCACUUGGUACGGAGAGCUCUACUUCGAGCUCCACCGAGGAACAUACACGACUCAGGCCAAGAAUAAAUUGUACAAUCGCAAAUCGGAGUUUGUUCUGCGUGACGUAGAGUUGCUUGCCACCCUAGCUACCCUCAAAGACCCCAACUAUAAAUACCCCAAGAAAGACAUUGACGAUAUGUGGGAGAGCGUUCUGCUCUGCCAGUUCCACGACUGUCUUCCCGGAAGCUCGAUUGAGAUGUGUUACGAUGACUCUGAUAAAGAGUAUGCAAAGGUAUUUGCAACGGGUUCAAGGUUAAGAAAAGAGGCGUUGAAGGUUCUUGGGUUCAGCUCUCAAGAAAGCAGAGCGGACCGUGGACUUGUGGCCAUCAACAGCCUUCCUUGGCCUCGUUCAGAGAUUGUACGAGUUGACGAUACGAGCACUGCCUCGGGAAAACCGCAGUAUGCACUCGCUAAAGGCGGUAUGGGGGUAAUUGCUAUUCAGCCCCUUGGGUCGGUCCGGUCACCAUCUGUUUCCCUGAAGGAGGUGAAACCAGGAGUCUUCAGGCUCUCGAACUCCAAAUUGUCCCUGGAGGUGUCUAAUGGGGUAAUUACCUCUCUCGUUGAUUUAGAGGAGAAAAGAGAGGUUAUCGCAAAGGGCGGGAAGGCUAACCAACUCGUGAUCUUCGACGACAAACCUCUUUACUGGCAAGCUUGGGAUGUUGAAGUCUAUCAUCUCGAAUCCCGGAAGGAACUAAAGUCUGAGACAACGAAAAUCGCGGAGAACAGUCCUCAUCGUGUUAGUGUUGUAACAGAAACUAAAAUUAGCGACAAGAGUUGGGUGAAAUCAACAAUUAGCCUGACCGCCACUACUGGCGAUUCGACUCCUCUCGUCGAGAUGACCAGUGAAGUCGAAUGGCAAGAAACCAUGAAGUUCCUGAAAGUCGAAUUUCCCGUUGAUAUCGUGAACACUGAAGCGUCGUAUGAAUCACAAUAUGGAAUAACCAGAAGACCAACACACUAUAACACCAGUUGGGACAUGGCCAAGUUUGAAGUGUGCUGCCACAAAUGGGCUGAUCUGUCUGAGGCGGGCUACGGUGUCUCAAUCCUCAAUGACUCCAAGUACGGAUUCGCGACAUGCGGCAACUUGAUGCGCCUGUCUCUGCUCCGUGCCCCUAAAGCUCCCGAUGCCAACGCGGACAUGGGCCGACACCAUAUACGUUACGCAAUCAUGCCGCACAAAGGACCGUUGGACGCCCGUACCGUCCGUGCAGGAUACAAUUUCAACAAUCCAUUAGUCGUUCAACCAGCAUCUGGCACAGAGGCCUCCCAGCUUUUCGAUGCCUUUUCUCUCAAGGGCUCUUCGUCUCUAAUCCUCGACACCAUCAAGCGUGGCGAGGAUGACGAAGAUGUCUCCCGCGGCGACUUCAAGCCGCGUCCCGGGCGCAGCAUUAUCCUGCGCAUCUAUGAGUCACUCGGCGGGAAGAGCCGCGGCUCCAUCACGACCAAGUUGCCUGUUAAGAAGGUGUGGAAGUGUAAUGUGCUCGAGGACGAUUUGGAGCAGUUGGCAGUGGUGCAGAAGACUGGUGCGGCGGAGGUGGAUAUUGAGUUGAGGGCGUUUGAGGUUGCGACGUAUCGGUUGCAAUUGUAAGGGAGGGCGGGCAAGCUGUGGUUGCUGGGGUGGCUAGAGCAGCGGUAAUGAUAAGUUAUGCUUAAUUGCGGUCCUGGUAGUUGUGAACCGUCCAUUUGAUAAUUAAUUGUACGACUGGCUUUCAUGAAUAGGAUGAAAUGGGACUUGGAUUGUAGCUUAUUGGGGUUUCCGGGUCCUUCUUCUUGUCUUGCUUUUUUUUAUGUUUGAUGUUUGAUGUUCCAUUUGCGGCUCCUGUCUCUUUACUUGGCACCUCUAUGCACAAAAUAGUUGCAGGCCCUUGACUUGAAGGAAAUAUACCUAAUGAAUGUGCUGCUGUCUUAUUGGAACAGAAGCGUACGCUUGCGUGGUAGAGAGACAACCCCCGAUAUAGGUGUACUUGAAAAAUCAGCUGCUGAAGCAGACACGCACAGCCGCACACGCGCAGAAGGAAACUCGAGGGGAAUAGGCAGGGCAAUUGAGUCACCUAGGUAUCUAUAUAUGGUCAUUGCGCCAUGAGGGAAUGAGACAAACGAGAGUGAAAAAUGGAGAAGAUAGAUCGGUAUCAUUUCUGUCAUAUCAAAAUGCGGCAGGCGGUGGUACCGCCGGACAACCGCGAUUCCGAACGGAACGCGAAGGAGUUGGCGGGAGAAUGCCAGGCGCGAUGAUUGUGUAGAGUUUCAUUCAAGGCAUUUUAGGAGGCAUGCCAAUAGUCCCGUGUAUUAUUACUAUCAAGCAAUAUCGAUCCUUCGUCUUUGAUGAUUUGAAAAUUCUUUCUUUCGCAAUUAAAUACCUCCCUUCGCUUAAAUAUUUUGUCCCGCCGCCCCGCUAGUCUAGUUAACCAGUUCGCCCAAAAUUGCCCAUAAAAAGAAGCCUGCAGGAAAAGGCACAUACAUAUAUGAUCCCAACGCCCCUGCUCCCGCAGCCCAGCCCGCAGCCCAGCCCGCAGCCCAGCCCGCAGCCCAGCCCGCAGCCCAGCCCGCAGCCCAGCCCACGCAAAGCCAGUCCCAGUGGCAUCCCUGAAAAUUAAACUCCCGACAAUAACGAAGCCCGGAACGAACCAACGACACGAAAUAGGAAGUAGGGAGAAUGCUCUAAAAUGUACUGCAUCAACCCCUUCACUCCCUCCCAUACGUAAUCUUCAGCCUCUUCACCGGCUGCUUAUUACCCCCCGACUCAGCAUCAUCGUCGCCAUCCCUUUCCCUUCCCCUCCCACCCGAGCCCGCAUCAGCAUUCGCAUCCGUACUUGUAUUGUUGGCGUUGGCGCUGCCGCCGCUGGCCUUUGCGUUAGUAUUCGUAUUCGCAGCCGCGGAUGCCUUCUUCUUCUUAUUCGUGCUCGCCUUCACGCUGCUGGCAGCCGACAUGUUGCUAUUGUUGUUGUUGUUGUUGUUGUUGUUGUUAUUCACAGUGCUGGUAUUGCUGUUAUCUCUGUUGAAGCCCGGCAUGGAGGCGGAGGUGGGUGUUGGGGCGUGGGAUGGGGUUGUGUUUGCGCUGGAGGGGGCGGGGGAGUCCUAGUAUGUCAUUUAUUUUUAUGCAUAUCUUGGUUAGUCUGGGGGAAAUGUAGCGAAAAAAAUCGGGAGGGGGUAAUGAAGGAGUUGUUAGUAGUAGUAGACACAACGGGAUAUCAUAACUUACCCGCAUAAAACUCGCCGAACUCCUCGAGAACACCCGGUCACUAUCUUGCACCGCUGUUUUUCUGCGCGUGGCUGGGCCGCCUGUGCCGCUACAACCAGUCAUCGAUCCAAGACUGCCCCCCAAUCCUAACCCAGAUACGCCAGAGGAGCCCUUUAUGUAAUUGUCGAAGCCUUUAAUUAUGUUUCCGGCACCGGUUUCUUCGAGGUACGAUUGCUCGAAGCGGUAUAUGGAUUCUUCUAGAGCAGCCUUAAAGUAUCAGGUAGAUGUCAGCAAGUUUCUUAUUUCCCUUGUAAAAUGUUAAUACCCGUCGUUUACCUAACGGGAAAGCGGAGUGUAAGGGGAAUCAGAGGUAGCAGGCAAAGGAGUGGUUAGUAAGUUAGGUGCCGGUUACAUACCAUAUUCUUA